ACUGGUUUACACGAAAAGUCAAGUUUUCAAAAUAAAAGCUGAUGUGGUACGUGACCUUUGACCUCCACAGAAGCCAUGCAUCUGUAUGACCCCGGGCUCUGCUACAUUCUGGACGGAUUCCUCGGUUUGUACGGACUCAUCAUCACCGGCAUGUUCAUCAAAGAGAGGUUCUUCAAAGCUAAAGUAAAGUCAGGCGACGACGCCAUCUACACUGACCUGAAAACUCGGAGUGAUGGAGGCUACGAUGGACUGAUGAGAGACACAGAGAGAGGACGAAACCGCUGGACGGACAACGACGACGCCACCUACACUGUAACAAACAUCGCUCACAGUUUUAUUAUUAUUAUUAUUAUUAUUGUUAUUAUUGUUAUUAUUAUUUUUGUAAAAGGACAUUACGCUGAUUUGUCUGCUUUUAUUUUGAAGGGCUUGAACAGACGCACAGAGGGAGAAUAUAAGGAGCUUCCUGUCAAACGAGAGCGUCAGAGAAAAACUGAGAAGGUUUACCAGGAUCUGAGCUCAGUCACCAGAGACACCUACGACUCUCUCCAGAUGCAGCCACUUCCUGCCCGUUAGCUCCGCCUCCACGCCAGUAUCCUCCGUCGUCGCCUCACUUCCUGUGUGUGGAUCAGUGAUUGGCUGAAGGUGGCGUUCUAUUCUGAUGGAUUGGUGAUUUAGAUGAGUUCAAAACAUGUGAUGUUUACAGUUUAUACGUUUUAUACAUGUAACGUGAGGUUUUCCUGAGAAUUUAAUGUAAACAUAUUUCUUUCUUUCAUGAAGAGGCUAACAUCUGAUAAAUCCCACAAAAUAGCUAAAUAACGAUGUAAUAUAUGUGUUGAUUAUGUAAAUGACUGAACGUUUUCAGUGUAACAUCAUUACUGUGUGUAAAUAAACAUGAACCGUUAACA